AUGGAUUAUCCCAUCAACGAGCUUAGUCCUAUCAUUAUGAGUAAAAAUGAAGACUUCUUCAUCAACAACAACAACAAUCAUAUAAUCAAUAACAGUAAUAACAAUAAUAACAGUAAUAACAGUAAUAACAGUAAUAAUAAUAUAUCAUUAAAAGAUCGAGGAAAGAACAAUUCACCAUUGAUUAUUGCUAAUACUAAUAAUAAUAAUAAUAAUAAUCUACAUAACCACCACAAUCAUAUAUCAUUGACAACAGAACAAGCAGACGAUGAAACACUUAUAUCUAUACCAAUUGGUGGAUUAGGAAUAGGAAAUAAUGAAAAUAGUAAUAAUAAUAGUAUUAAUAAUCCACUUCAAAUAGAUUUCGAUGAAUCAGAGAACAAAUACAAUCAAUAUAGUAGAACAUAUAAUAAUGUAUUAUCAUCAAUCUAUUCAAACAAAUAUAUAUCAAAGAUCUUUGGUAGUAGUGGUUCGACAAGAGGUGGAGGAUGGAAACAAUUGUCAUCGUCAUCAUCUCCUAAAUUACAUAGUGGAGAUUAUAUAAGUCUCUCUUCAUCAACUAUUAUACCUCCUCCUCCUUCUUCUUCUUCUCUAUCAUUGGAAGAACAACAACAACAACCAGAUCAAAAGAUCAAAUUUUUUGGUAAUAGUAUUAUGUUAUACUCUGCAUAUAUGAUCUUUUUAUACUUGAUUUAUGGAUUGCUGCAAGAGAUUAUCUUUAAGAAACAACAAGUCAACUUUUACAACCUCUACUCUUUUGUUCAAUUCUUGGCGUCGUUUUUGUUCUCUGUCAGAGGCGUAUUGGCAGAGACUAAAACAUAUCAUACAAAGAAUGGAGGAGUAGGAGGGACAAGCGCACUCUCAAAAUACCAAUAUGUCAUUCAAAAGUUGUCCAUCAAGAAAAUACGUUUAUAUCUAUCACUAUCAUUUGUUUUAUUAAUGUGUAAAUUAUUGGGAAAUGAAUCACUACGUUAUUUAAAUUAUAAAACAAAAAUACUUUUCCAAUCAUCAAAAUUAAUACCAGUAAUGGUAUUUGGAGGCUUUUUAUUUCAAAGAACAUAUUCAAUGGUUGAUUAUUUAUCGGUUUUGUCAAUGAUUGUUGGACUUGUUCUAUUUACAGUUGGUGAUUCAUUAUCUUCCUAUUUGUUUUCACCGCUUGGCGUACUCAUGGUUCUGUCAUAUGUUUUCGUCGAAUCAAUCAAAUCAAUCCUUUAUGAAAAAAUAUUACGUGAUUAUUCUUCAGAAUUGGAAUUGUCAUUAUUUACAAACUUUUUUGGAACUAUAAUGACACUACCAAUUGUAUUUGUUUCUGGAGAAUUCAAAUCAUCAUAUGCAUUUUUUAAAGAUAACAUUCAAGUGUUAAUAUUACUUUCAUUAUUUAUUUUCCUUGGAUAUUAUGCAAAUAUUACAUAUUUACAUUUAAUGAGGAUUACAGACUCUCUUUAUGCGAAUAUGAUGUCAUCAUUUAGAAAAGAUUCCAUUCUAUUCUAUCAUAUACUAGGAAUACUGGUUUUCUUCUUUGGUAUUGGUGUAGAGAUGAAACAUAAAUCUCCGAGAAAGAAUAAAGAUGAUAUCAAAUAA